AUGCCCGCCCCCCGCCUCGACCGGUGCGACGUGGUCCGGCGGGAGGCGGGCGCCGAGCUACUCGUGCGGUGGAGUCCGUCGCUCUCGCCGACGCGCCAGCCGCUCGCCGCCUGGGUCGUCGAGUACUGCGCAAACGACUGGUGGCGGUGGCGGCGGCAGAGGGUGCCUGCGGGCGAGGAUACGGAGCUGAGGGUGGCGCUUGCGGGCGUCGCGGCGGAGCCGGUUGCCGUGCGCGUGCAGGCGCUCCACGGCCGCCGCGCCUCCGCCUGGUCGCGCGUCGGCCGCGCGACGUCGUCGCGUCUCGUCUUUGCGCGGCUGGAGGCCUGCCCGCUCGGAGCGCGGCUGUCGCUGCGCACGCGGGCGGAGGUGGGCGGCUCGACGCCGGCCGCGGUCCAGCUCCACCUCUCCCUCGCGGGAGGAGGCAGAGUCGGCGCCAGCCUCCAGGUCGUCCUGGCUCCGUCUCGCGAUGCGGCGGACGCUUCCGAGAAACGUCCGCCCGCCGCGGCAGCCUGCAGGGCGGUGGCGAGCGUGCGGAGCGCGCCGGCGGUGCGGACGCGGGUGGCGGCACUCCUUCUCGUCGACGACGGCGCUCCGCCGCAGCUGCUGAGCUUCGUCGCGCCGACGAUCAGCUGCGGCGGGCCGGGCGAGGGCGGGGACCUCCUCGGCAGACCCGUGUACCGCGGCGGCGCGCAGAAGCGGCCGCGCGGGCAGGAGCAGGCGCGCGUGCUCCGCGUGCGUGCGUCCGCGGCGAGCAGUCUCGACAAGUAG